UUUUAGGUCACAAAGAAGUUCAUCAAGAUCAGUCAGGAAUUUUGAGAGAAACAAACAAUAGUAACAAACGUUACAUGUUUCUUGUAGGAAUUAAUUAUAUGUUACUUUUUGUUGGUUCCAUCUCAUCAUCCCUACUCUCAAAAUUCUACUUCAAUCAUAAAGGUGAUAGUCGAUGGGUAUCCACUUGUGUUCAAUCUGCAGGAUUCCCUCUUCUGCUUCUCCCUAUUUAUUUACCUUUUUAUGUAUUUAAAUCCACUCAUAGAAAACCAUUUACAAGAUUCACCCCAAAAAUCUUGUUAAUCUCUAUUCUAAUUGGUUUGCUUUUAGGUCUCAACAACCUUUUAUUUUCUUGGGGCAAUUCUUAUCUCCCCGUUUCAACGAAUUCACUUGUUUUAUCAUCACAAUUAGUCUUCACUCUUAUCACUUCAGUGAUUAUUGUCAAGCAAAAAAUCACAUACGCGAAUCUAAAUUGUGUUAUUUUAUUAACGCUCAGUUCGGUCCUAUUGGCAUUGGGUUCGAGCCAUGAUAGGCCAAAGGGUUUGACGAGAACAAAGUAUUUUAUAGGAUUUUUCUCGACAAUUGGUGCUGGAUUGUUGUUCUCUCUUUAUCUGCCAUUAAUGGAAAAAAUAUAUAAAAAUGUGUAUUGCUAUUCUAUGGUCGUGGAGAUGCAGAUGGUGAUGGAAUUAGCAGCAACGGUUUUAGCCACGCUGGGAAUGAUUAUAGACGGUGGAUUUUCAGCGAUUAAAAAAGAGGGUAAAAAUGUAUUUGAUUUGGGGGAACAAGCAUAUUGGUUAACGGUGGUGUUUAAUGUAGUGACGUGGCAAUUUUGUUUUAUGGGUACUGCUGGGAUGGUUUUCUUGACUAGUUCAUUGACAGGAGGAGUUUGCAUGACGGCGUUAAUGGCCGUUAAUGUUUUGGGAGGGGUUAUAGUGUACGGGGAUAAUUUUGGUGGGUUUAAAGUUGUUUCAACUUUGUUGUGUGUCUGGGGAUUUUCUUCGUAUUUGUAUGGACUGCAUAUGAAAAUAGAGGACGAGGAGCAAAAGAACAAGGAUUCAACAGAGAUUGACGAACAACGAUUUGUACUAUGAAAGAAAUCGUAACGCACAAUGCUAGAGGAUGAUGGCCAUAUGACAAGUCCUUGUUUUUGUUUUUAAUAGUAGUAAUAGUACUGUUAUCAUGCAUUUUCUGGUUUGGAGACAAUGUUUUAAAAUUUUCAUAUACCGAAGUUUUCCAUUCUAAGAUAAUUCCUAUUAACUACACCCAAGGGAGAAUGGGGAAGAAUGUUGAU